UUAUUUAAUAAUUAUUUUUAAAAGAAAAAUAGAAGAGUUGACAAAUUCAAAUCAAGUUAGGGAUAAGUUUUCCCUUGUUUAGUGAGCAACGUGGCAUGAUUGCUAUUGAAACCACGCUGUGGUCGAUCGAGUGGGGAAUCGCUGAGCUGGUAAACCACCCCAACAUCCAGAAGAAGCUCCGGGAUGAGCUGGACUCCGUACUGGGUGUGGGCCACCAAAUCACAGAGCCGGACACCUACAAGCUUCCCUACCUUCAGGCUGUAAUCAAGGAGACUCUGAGACUCCGCAUGGCCAUCCCACUGCUGGUGCCACACAUGAACCUCCACGAUGCAAAGCUGGGCGGCUAUGACAUCCCUGCAGAGAGCAAAAUAUUGGUGAACGCCUGGUGCCUUGCCAACAAUCCGGCUCAUUGGAAGAAUCCUCAGGAGUUCAGGCCAGAGAGGUUCUUGGAAGAAGAGUCAAAGGUGGAGGCGAACGGAAAUGACUUCCGCUACCUCCCAUUCGGUGUUGGAAGGAGGAGCUGCCCCGGAAUCAUCCUGGCACUUCCCAUCCUAGGUAUCACCAUCGGUCGUUUGGUGCAAAACUUCGAGCUGUUGCCUCCACCGGGACAGCAGAAGCUCGAUACCAGCGAGAAGGGAGGACAAUUCAGUUUGCACAUUUUGAAGCAUUCCACCAUUGUGGCAAAGCCAAGGUCAUUUUAAAAAGGAAAAACAGAAAGCAAAUUCAUCAGUUUGUAUUGGAUUACUGCAUGCUUAUGAGACUUAAUCUCCUUGCAAGGUUUGACCAUGUGUAAAUUUGCCAUUAAUAAAUAAGUUUUGCGUUUUGGAUUGAAUUUUAGAUAUCAAUUCUAUACAUUAUACUCUUACCAAAUCUCAAUUACUACUGCUUCAAAAUUACUAGUGCAUGUAAGUGGAGUGCAUGUUUUGAUUUUGUAUCCAGAACAGUAACUAAUUUCUAGUAAUCUUUUUUUUUUUUUUUUAAUCCCAUUUUCUUUGUUGGUUUGUGACUUGCUAUUCCUCUUAUUUGGUGUUGAGUUUUUCACAAACCCAAGUGUUAAAGAACUUGUUUUGCUUCAAUAGGUAGAAAGAGAGAGAAGAAGAGAGGGAUGGGGAAUAAAGUUGAGAAAUUGGU